AUGUGCGUGCUGUUGCUAAAUUUGUACAAGAACUUUGUUCCAGAAAAUUACGGUAUGGUUACAGCAGCAAAUCAGAUUACGAUUGUGUCCACACUUGACAAAGAUGAUCGUUUAACAAAUGUUGUACAUGAACAACUGCUACGUCGUCUUAUUGGUUGGAUCGAAGUGCCAUUCUCUACCGUAUACGGUAGAGGAAAAAUCGAUGGAUGGUUACGGUUACAGCGUCCGCUAUUCUUUACGGGUUAUAGUAUGCCCGAUCGGCCCUCUUACCUGAAAGUAUUGAUUGCUUUUGACCCACCUUUGGCUCCACCACGUAUGCAACCUCCAGAUCGUGUGGAAUCCGUCGAAAAUGAAAAAAUUGUGGCACAGUGCCAAGCAUGGACCAGAGCUUGCACUGCAGUAGAUGAUAGUCGGCGCUAUGCUGCACUUGUUACUGACAUCAACGGCAAGGCUGUAUUAGCUUGCAGAUUCCUCGCUCCAGUGCGACCUCCGCAAUCCGUGCCGCAUCCGGGCGCAAAUCCGCGGCGUACUGUAGAAGUUGCCGCUCGACUAGUCAGUCAAAUUCCAUUCGUUGCCGAUCCAGCCUUGUUUCCUGGCUCCACUGAUCUUUGGACUACAAUCGAGAAGUUCCUCUCCCUUGGCUGUGGUGACGAAGAAGAACACGCAGUGUUGCUCUGCUGUUGGUUGCUUUCCCUGCAAAUUCCGAGCUGCUUAGUGCUAGGUUUCGCGCUUCCGGAAGGCUCCAAGGCUGCAUACGUCUUCAUCAAUCUCCCGGAUGGGAUCUAUUUGGUAAAUCCUUGCGAUGGCUCCGUCUACCCAUCAACAGAUGCAAUGUGUCCAUUGGCCAGUGUCGGUACAGUAAUCACACCAAAAAAUGCUUACGGUAACAUACAGUCCUAUGGACAUCCAAGCCAGCUACAGUUCGACUUAAAUAGAACAAGCGAUUGGAAACCGUUAUUUGACCGAGAGUUGGAUGAAGUUCAGUCAAUACAGGCUCCAGUUGUGAAUUAUGCUGAGGUUUCGGAAGAUGCGCUCAUCGAAUUGCGCUCUUCAAUCGAACGCGAGAUCAAAGUACGGUUCGACGAGGCCAGGAAGUACGGUAUACCGCAGUGGAAUCUUAUGGCAUCCAGGCUUUUCCGAGAAAUCCUCCAGGACGAGAAUGUCUCACUAGACACACGUCUUGCCCGUUUACGAGAUUCAUAUACGGUUACCGUAACUGCAUUCUCGAUGCCCUAUAAAAGCGUACAGGACUGCGUCGCCGCUGUGCUGCGCUGCGGUCUUCAUGCGACAACUUCGUCGUCGUCACAAUUCGCUCUAGCUGUUCAUCUCCAACCUGCAUUUGGUCAUGUAAUUGGUUGUAGCAUUGCUCUUGGUUUGCUCACAUUACGAAUGUGA